AUGGCACCAAAGAAGGACGUGAAGAAACCUGCUGCUGCAGCCGCCCCAGCCCCUGCCCCGGCACCUGCCCCAGCCAAACCCAAAGAAGAAAAAAUUGACCUCUCUGCCAUUAAGAUCGAGUUCUCUAAGGAACAGCAGGAUGAAUUCAAGGAGGCCUUCCUCCUGUUUGACAGAACAGGUGAAUGUAAGAUCACCUUAAGCCAGGUCGGUGAUGUCCUUCGAGCUCUGGGCACAAAUCCCACCAAUGCGGAGGUCAAGAAGGUGCUGGGAAACCCCAGCAAUGAAGAGAUGAAUGCCAAGAAAAUUGAGUUUGAACAAUUUCUGCCCAUGAUGCAAGCUAUUUCCAACAACAAGGACCAGGGCACUUAUGAAGACUUUGUUGAGGGUCUGCGUGUCUUUGACAAAGAAGGCAAUGGCACAGUCAUGGGUGCUGAACUCCGCCAUGUUUUAGCCACAUUGGGUGAAAAAAUGAAAGAGGAGGAAGUGGAAGCUCUGAUGGCAGGUCAGGAAGACUCCAAUGGCUGCAUCAACUAUGAAGCUUUUGUCAAGCAUAUCAUGUCCAAUUAA